GUAAAAUUAUAUGAUACAAAUAUUUAAUUGAUAAAAGGAGACAAGAUCCGUCCUAGAAUGAACCAAAAUUUGAGUUAAAGGUAACCUAGAAAUGGAAGCAAAAGCUUUCAUACUAUUCUAUUCUAUUGACAACACCCACAUGCUUGCUUACACUCUACACUUUGUUUCCACCAUUUUUAACACAAACUUCCAAGAAAAGAAGGAACCCAUUUUCAUCACAAGAAAAUGAGUCAUCUUCUUUCCUUCUCUCCCUCUAAUUCCUUACACAAGUUCGGGCCAUGGAACAACAAGAUUGGAACAUGAUGUGUGCGGAUUGUGUCGUUUUAUCAUGUUGUUGCCAAUGCUUGUUGCUACAACUCCUAGCCUUUGUGUUGCUUAAACUUCCUAGCAAAUUGGUCAAGAAAACAAAGCAUUACAUAAAGAGGAAGUUUGGGAACAAAAUGCGUGAUGGUGGGAAAAUGAUGAGAGUGAAAGUGGCUCGGUGUGCAGAAGAAGUUGUGGGGUGUCAAAAACCAAGAGACUCGAUGAGGGCUCGAGCACGAGCCGAGAGUUUUCGGCUAGAUGGGUUCGAUGGGUGCUUGGAGGAGGUGGAAGAGGUGUUGGAGGGGUUUUCUACAAAAGGUGAGUUUGGAUUUGGUAGUUUCUGGAGAGGAGAUGAUGGUAUUGAAGUUUAUUUUCCGGGUUGUCUUGUAAAACAAGAAUUUGGGGUGCAAUGAUCAUGCAUUUGGUCCUUUUAAGGGCCAUUAACAUAAUUUUAGCCUAUAAAUUUGGCAUUUCAUCCAACUAUUACACAUUGAAUUUAUUAUGUCUAGUUUUGAUUUUUUUUGAUACUCACUUCUAACAUGCUAAGACAAUAUCUUAAAUUUGACGAGGUGAUUA